GCGCCGCAGUGCGCCGGGAACGAGCGGAGUCGAAAAGAGACGGAAAGAGCCGAACCGGAGUCGAAAAGAGCCGAACAAGCGGGGCCGGAGCGGUACCGAAAAAAGCCGAACCGGAGCCGAACCGGACCCUCCUGAGGGUCCGGCCAUGCCUUGAAGCGGCUUCUCAGACCCGUCCCGGGCUCUUCCUCCUCGUCCUCCUCCUCGUCCUCCUCCUGCCGCGGGGGAGGGGUCCAUGGGCCGGGCAGGGGGCUGAGGGGGGGCCGGAGACGCUGAACUGGGCCGAACUGGGCUUAACUGGGCCGAAGAGAAAUCGGAACCGGGCCGAAAAGAGACGAAGUUGUCCGGAAAGAUACGAAGAAGGAGCGGAAAAAACGAAGUAAGGACGGAGCUGUACGGAAAGAACCGAACCGGAGCGGAGAAAACCGAACCGGACCGGAAAUAGCCUAACUGGGCCGGAAGUAAGCUGAACCGGACCGGAAAUAGGCGAAAGCAGUCCGGGGAGGGUCGGAAAGAACCGAAGGUGUCCGGAAAGAGCCGAAGGCGUACGGAAAUUGCCGAAGGUGUACGGAAAUUGCCGAAGUGCCGCCAUGUUGCUGUCGCUGCUCCUCGGGCUCCUCGAGGUUUCGGAGGUCCUGGGGGGAUGCGUGGAGGUGGCCUCGGGCACAGAGGCCGUGCUGGGGUCGCCGUUCCGGCUGCUCUGCAUCGCCUGCAAACGGCGCAGCGAGACCCCGGCCGAGGCCGAGAGCGAGUGGUUCUUCCGGCCAGAGGGGGCCCCCCAGUUCCAGAAGAUCCUGCACUACAGCCCCGAGGAAGGCCAGUGGGUGGCUCCGGGCCCGUUUUCCGACGUGCUGAGCUGGAACGGCUCGCGGGGCACGCGGGACCUGCAGGACCUGUCGCUGUGGCUGGCGGCCGUGGGCCGGGCGCACGCCGGGCACUACGUGUGCGGGCUGAGGAGGAACCUGACCUUCGAGGGCUACACCUACAGCCUGGCCAGGAACCAGAGCCUCAGGCUGGCCGUGGUGGAGAAAGCCCGUCGGGAUCUGGCGUCCAUCGUGUCCGAAAUCCUGAUGUACGUUCUCAUCGUGGUGCUGACGCUCUGGCUGGCGGCCGAGAUGCUUUAUUGUUACAGGAAGGUGGCGGCCGCGGCCCCGCCCCCCGACAGCGCGUCGGAAUACCUGGCGAUCACCUCGGAGAGCAAAGAGAACUGCGGGGGGGUGCAGGUGGCUGAGUGACCCCUGAGUGACCCCUGACCCCUGAGUGACCCCUGGGUGACCCCUGAGUGACCCCUGACCCCUGAGUGACCCUGAGUGACCCCUGAGUGACCCUGAGUGACCCCUGAGUGACCCCUGACCCCUGAGUGACCCUGAGUGACCCCUGAGUGACCCCUGGGUGACCCCUGAGUGACCCUGAGUGACCCCUGACCCCUGAGUGACCCUGAGUGACCCCUGAGUGACCCUGAGUGACCCCUGAGUGACCCCUGACCCCUGAGUGACCCCUGAGUGACCCUGAGUGAACCCUGAGUGACCCCUGAGUGACCCCUGAGUGACCCUGAGUGACCCUUGGGUGACCCCUGAGUGACCCCUGACCCCUGAGUGACCCUGAGUGACCCCUGAGUGACCCUGAGUGACCCCUGAGUGACCCCUGACCCCUGAGUGACCCUGAGUGACCCUGAGUGACCCCUGAGUGACCCCUGAGUGACCCCUGAGUGACCCUGAGUGAACCCUGAGUGACCAUGAGUGACCCCUGAGUGACCCCUGAGUGACCCCUGACCCCUGACCCCUGAGUGACCCCUGACCCCUGAGUGACCCUGAGUGAACCCUGAGUGACCCCUGAGUGACCCCGAGUGACCCCUGAGUGACCCCUGGGUGACCCCUGAGUGACCCUGAGUGACCCCUGAGUGACCCCUGAGUGACCCCUCAGUGACCCCUCAGUGACCCUGAGUGACCCCUGAGUGACCCCUGAGUGACCCCUGAGUGACCCCUGGGUGACCCCUGAGUGACCCUGAGUGACCCUGAGUGACCCUGAGUGAACCCUGAGUGACCCUGAGUGACCCCUGAGUGACCCCUGACCCCUGAGUGACCCUGAGUGACCCCUGAGUGACCCCUGAGUGACCCCUGGGUGACCCCUGAGUGACCCUGAGUGACCCCUGAGUGACCCUGAGUGACCCCUGACCCCUGAGUGACCCCUGAGUGACCCCUGACCCCUGAGUGACCCUGAGUGACCCCUGAGUGACCCCUGAGUGACCCCUGGGUGACCCCUGAGUGACCCCUGAGUGACCCCUGGGUGUCCCCUGGGUGACCCCUGACCCCUGAGUGACCCCUGAGUGACCCUGAGUGACCCCUGAGUGACCCCUGAGUGACCCUGAGUGACCCCUGACCCCAGAGUGACCCCUGAGUGACCCUGAGUGACCCUGAGUUACCCUGAGUGACCCCUGAGUGACCCUGAGUGACCCUGAGUGACCCCUGAGUGACCCCUGAGUGACCCCAGGCCCCCCCCUGCAAUAACCCCCCCCCAGGGGGGGCCCCCCCGACCCCUCCCCCACCCCUGCAUGACCCCGACCCCUCCCCCCCUCCAAAUUUGGGGAAAAUUCUCAAAAUUUUGGGGAAAAAAAAAAAAAAAGUCUGUGAGGUUUUGGGGGGGAAAAAUGCAAAAAAAAAAAUCCCCCAAAAUUUGGGAGAAACAGAAAAAAAAAAAUCUCAACAUUUUGGGGAGAAAAACGCAAAAAAAAAACCAAAAAAUCCCCAAAAAAAUUUGUAGGAAAGAAAAAAAAGAAUCCCAAAAUUUUUGGGGAAAAAAAUCCAAAAUUUUUGAGGGGAAAAAAAAAAAAAAAAAAAAAAAACCCAGAGGAUUUUGGGGUAAAAAAUAUCAAAAUUGUGGCGGAAAAUUUUGAGAAUAUUGGGGGAAAAAAAUCCCAAAGAAACCUGAAAUUUUGGGGUUAAAAUAAUAAUAAUAAUAAAAAAAAUAUCGCCAAUAUUUUUUUGGGGAAAAAAAAUCCCAAAAUUGUGGGGAAAAAUUUCAGAAAAUAUUGGGGAAAAAAAUUUUAAACAUUUCCAAAAUUUUUGGGGAAAAAAAAAAAAAAAUCCCAAAAUUUGGGGGAGAAAUCUCAAAAAUUUUUAGGGGGAAAAAAAAAUUUAAAAAUCAUUUGGGAAAAAUCCUCGUGAUUUGGGAAAAAAUAAAUUCUAAAAUUUUUAGGAGAGAAAGAAAAUUUAGAAAAAAAAAUUGGAGGAAAAAAAUCCCAGAAUUGAUGGGGAAAAAAAAAAAAAAUCUGGAAUUGGGUGUAAAAAUCCCAGAAAUCGGGGGGAAAAUCCUCAGAAUUUGGGGAGGAAAAAAAAUCCCCAAAAAUGGGGGAAAAAAUCUCAAAAGUGUAGAAAAAAAAAAUUCCUGAAAUUCUCCAAAUUUGGGGGAAAAAAAUCCUGAAAUUGAGGGGGAAAGAAAAAAAAAAUCUGAAAAGUUCGGGAAAAAAAUCUGAAAAAUUUGGUGGAAAGUUCAAAAAAAUGUGGAGGGGAAAAAUUCCCAAAAAAUUUUUUGGGGAAAAAAAAAAUCCUGAAAUUCACGGGGAAAAAUCCUAAAAAUGUGAUGGAAGAAAUCGCAAAAUUUUUUGGGGAAAAAAAAAAAAUUCAAAAAUUUGGGUGAAAAUUUGAGAAAACAGAAGGAAAAAAAAAAAAAAAAUCCCAAAAUUUGGCGGAAAUCAGCCCAAAAAUUUGGGGGAGGCGGAAAAAAAAUCCUAAAAAUUGGGGGGAAAUUGUCAAAAUUUAUUUAAAAAAUCAAAAUUCUCAAAUUCCGGAUGAUUUUACCCAAAAUCCUCCAAAAUUGGAGCAAAAAUCCCCCAGGAUUUUUGGGGGGGAAAAAAAAAAAACAAAAGAAAAAUUUGGAAGAAAACGCCUCAAAAUUUGUUGAAAUUUCUCAAAUUUGCUCCAAAAUCCGACAAAAUUUCGGGGGCGGGAAAAAAAGAAAAAUUCCCAAAAUUUGGGGGAAAAUUCCUCAAAUUUGGGGUCGAUGGCCCCUCCCCCCCCGCCCCCCCAGGUGUGAGAGCGUGAGCGCAUGCAAAUGAGCCGUAUGCAAAUGAGCGAUAUUUAAAUGAGCAAUAUGUAAAGGAGGAGGGAGGAGACAGCACUUUAUGCAAAUGAGGGAACGCGGAAGUGACGUCGUUGGUGCCGAUAUGCAAAUGAGGACACGCGGAAGUGACGUCGUCGCUGCCGUGAUGCAAAUGAGGACACGCGGAAGUGGUGUAAUAACAGUCGAUAUGCAAAUGAGGACAUGCGGGAGUGACGUCAUCACAGCGAUAUGCGAAUGAGGAGAUACGGAAGUGACGUCAUCGCCCCGUGCAUGCAAAUGGCAGAAUGCUAAAGUGACGUCACCGCGGCGGCGCCGUCAUGCAAAUUAGCGCGGAAGUGACGUCAUGGCCGCCCCGUCAUAGUGCAGAGCAGGAAGAGGAAGUGACGUCAUCGCCAAGCGGUGGCAUGCCAUUUAGGAACGGCGGAAAUGACGUCACGUAUGCAAAUGAGAGCAGGAAUGACGUCACAGCGGCGUGGCCAGUAUGCAAAUGAGCCAAUAAACAGCGGGUUAAUUAAUA